AUGAUCGAAGACAAUAAGGAAAACAAAGACCAUUUUUUAGAAAGAGGAGCAACUCUCAUGUUUUCCUUAAAGAAUGAAGUUGGAGGACUUAUAAAAGCACUGAAAACCUUCUAGGAGAAGCACAUGCACCUGUUACACAUCGAGUCCUGAAAAUCAAAGAGAAGAAACCCAGAAUUUGAGAUUUUUGUUGAUGGUGAUAUCAACAGAGAACAAUUGAAUGACAUUUUUCUUCUGUUGAAGUCUCAUACUAAUGUCCUCUCUGUGAACUCACCUGAUCAUUUUACCAUGAAGGAGGAUGGUAUGGAAACAGUUCCUUGGUUUCCAAAGAAGAUUUCUGACCUGGACCAUUGUGCCAACAGAGUUCUGAUGUAUGGAUCUGAACUGGAUGCAGACCAUCCUGGCUUCAAAGACAGUGUCUACCGUAAACGACGGAAGUAUUUCGCGGACUUGGCUCUGAACUACAGACACGGGGACCCCAUUCCCAGGGCUGAAUUCACCGCAGAGGAGACGAAGACCUGGGGCACCGUGUUCCGAGAGCUCAACAAGCUCUACCCGACGCACGCCUGCAGAGAAUACCUCAGAAACUUACCUUUGCUUUCUAAAUAUUGUGGCUAUCGGGAAGAUAACAUCCCGCAAUUGGAAGAUGUUUCGAACUUUUUAAAAGAGCGCACGGGUUUUUCCAUCCGUCCUGUGGCCGGUUACUUAUCUUCAAGGGAUUUCUUAUCAGGUUUAGCCUUCCGAGUUUUUCACUGCACCCAGUAUGUGAGACACAGUUCAGACCCCCUCUAUACUCCAGAGCCAGAUACCUGCCAUGAACUCUUAGGUCAUGUCCCCCUUUUGGCUGAACCUAGUUUUGCACAAUUUUCCCAAGAAAUUGGCCUGGCAUCCCUUGGAGCUUCAGAGGAGGCUGUUCAAAAACUGGCAACGUGCUACUUUUUCACUGUGGAGUUUGGUCUGUGUAAACAAGAUGGGCAGCUAAGAGUCUUUGGUGCUGGCUUACUGUCCUCCAUCAGUGAACUCAAACAUGCACUUUCUGGACAUGCCAAUGUAAAGCCGUUUGAUCCCAAGGUAACCUGCAAACAGGAAUGUCUCAUCACAACUUUUCAGGAUGUCUACUUUGUAUCUGAAAGCUUUGAAGAUGCAAAGGAGAAGAUGAGAGAAUUUACUGAAACAAUGAAGCGCCCGUUUGGAGUGAAGUAUAAUCCGUACACACAGAGUAUUCGGAUCUUGAAAGGCACCGAGAGCAUAAGCGGCGUCGCGAACGGGCUGCAUGAGCUCGGUGUUGUCGGCGACGCGCUCGCGAAGGUCAGCCGGGAGCCCAGCAUCGACAGUCACCAGCCCUAG